CCCAACGCGCGCUCUCUCGCUCGUCCGCCGGGGCCGGACAGUGCCGAAGAGGAGGGGGCGUUCCCCAGACCAUGGCGGCUUCCGAAGGUGCCAACAAUAUGCCCAAGCAGGUGGAAGUGCGAAUGCAUGACAGCCACCUCAGCUCAGAGGAGCCUAAGCCCCGGAAUCUGGGCCUGCGCUUGUGUGACAAGCUGGGGAAGAAUCUCCUGCUCACACUGACGGUGUUUGGUGUCAUUCUGGGGGCAGUCUGUGGAGGGCUGCUUCGCCUGGCCUCUCCCCUCCACCCUGAUGUGGUGAUGUUAAUAGCCUUCCCAGGGGAUAUCCUCAUGAGGAUGCUGAAGAUGCUCAUUCUCCCUCUCAUCAUCUCCAGCUUAAUCACAGGUUUGUCAGGGCUGGAUGCAAAAGCGAGUGGUCGAUUAGGCACCAGAGCCAUGGUGUACUACAUGUCCACGACCAUCAUUGCUGCAGUACUGGGGGUCAUCCUGGUCUUGGCUAUUCACCCUGGCAACCCCAAACUCAAGAAGCAGCUAGGCCCUGGGAAGAAGAACGAUGAAGUUUCCAGCCUGGAUGCCUUCCUAGACCUUAUUCGAAAUCUCUUCCCUGAAAAUCUUGUCCAAGCCUGUUUUCAACAGAUUCAGACAGUGACAAAGAAGGUCCUGGCGACUCCUCCAUCAGACGAAGAGGCCAACACAACCAACUCAGUCAUCUCCCUGUUGAAUGAGACUGUGACAGAGGCACCUGAAGAAACCAAGAUGGUUAUCAAGAAAGGCCUGGAGUUCAAGGACGGGAUGAAUGUCUUAGGUCUGAUAGGGUUUUUCAUUGCUUUUGGUAUUGCCAUGGGGAAGAUGGGAGAGCAGGCCAAGCUGAUGGUGGAUUUCUUCAAUAUUUUGAAUGAGAUCGUCAUGAAGUUAGUGAUCAUGAUCAUGUGGUACUCUCCCCUGGGUAUCGCGUGCCUAAUCUGUGGGAAGAUCAUUGCAAUAAAGGACUUGGAAGUGGUUGCUAGGCAAUUGGGGAUGUACAUGAUAACAGUGAUUGUGGGCCUCAUCAUCCAUGGCGGCAUCUUCCUCCCUUUAAUUUACUUUGUAGUGACCAGGAAAAACCCUUUCUCUUUUUUUGCUGGCAUUUUUCAAGCAUGGAUCACUGCCCUGGGUACUGCUUCCAGUGCUGGAACAUUGCCUGUCACCUUCCGUUGCCUGGAAGAAAACCUUGGGAUUGACAAGCGUGUGACCAGAUUUGUCCUCCCUGUUGGAGCAACCAUUAACAUGGAUGGUACAGCCCUUUAUGAAGCAGUAGCUGCCAUCUUCAUUGCCCAAAUGAAUGGAGUUGUUCUAGAUGGAGGUCAGAUUGUGACUGUAAGCCUCACAGCUACCCUGGCAAGUGUUGGUGCAGCCAGUAUCCCCAGUGCUGGCCUGGUCACCAUGCUCCUGAUUUUGACUGCUGUGGGCCUGCCAACAGAAGACAUCAGCCUGCUGGUGGCUGUGGACUGGCUGCUGGAUAGGAUGAGAACAUCAGUGAAUGUUGUGGGUGAUUCUUUUGGGGCUGGGAUUGUCUACCAUCUCUCCAAGUCUGAGUUGGAUUCCAUCGACUCUCAACACCAAGUGCAUGAAGAUAUUGAAAUGACCAAGACUCAGUCCAUGUAUGACGAUAUGAAGAACCACAGAGAAAGCAACUCUAAUCAGUGUGUUUAUGCUGCACACAACUCAGUCAUAGUAGAUGAGUGCAAGGUAACUCUGGCAGCCAACGGAAAGUCAGCUGACUGCAGUGUUGAGGAAGAGCCUUGGAAACAUGAAAAAUAAGGAUAUGACUCUCAGCAAAUUGUUGAAUAAACUCCCCAGCAUGUCAUAUGGUAAAAGGUGACGUAAACAAGCUUUGUUGAAAAUGGAAAAAAAAAAAUACAUCUAUUUGUUGACUUAAUCUGUUAGCUGAGGCUUAGAGGAGCUGCUGAGUCAGUGAUGAAAGGCACGGUGCUGUGUCUUUGCCAAAUAACGCUUCAUAAUCAUCUAAUUCUCUCACUUGUGUUAUUGGUUGGAUGGAUGCUGCUGCAGGAAUUGCUUUCGAUUGAAGACACUUUCUAGUUUAGCACAAUUGUGGAGACUGUGUUCCUGAAGGACACAGCUAACACAGUGUGGCACAUUCCAGGGACUCAGGAUGAUGAAUAACUCACAGUGUGUUUUCUUCAAGUAUUCUUUCUGUCUUACCAUUUAAUGCACAAGCAAUUUUGUUGGAAACUUCUAGACGUAACUCCCCUUAAAUGUUUUGUAGAGUUUACCCAUGGGUCAGUUAAACCCAAGUAUCUUUCUUAGAGAACUCUGCCAAUUUCUUUUCUAUGAACUCUUUAAGCCCAAGGUCUCAAAAAGAGUCUUAGGGAGGUUCCAUGCUAUUAAAGGUUGUUGAAUAUGGGACCCUCUGCAUUUUGACCUAUCUUACCUAGCCUGUGUGAACAAUGGUUUAAAUGUCAAAGUGUGUCCAAAAAUUCACUCUAAAUUUGAUAAUACGUUAAGUAGGAUUUUACCUAAUAUAUAUACACACACAUACACACAGAAAUAGUAAGGGAGCAUAAUCAAUCCAGUUUUUAAAUAGAUUUAAAUAUUCAAAUUUGGUUAAACUUGGUUCACAUUCACUUGGGCAUAGUGAAGUCAAAUGAUAUUCUCUAACCCAUACUUUUCUUUGUUUCACCAUAAGAUCCUUAUUUAGGUGUCUAACCAAAAAAUAAUAAUUUUCUUAAUUUCUAAAUUAUUGCAUCCUCCUUCUCAUCAACGUGGAAAUCCUGAGUGCUUUACCCUCCUCAUCCAUUCAGCCUGCUUGCUUUGGCUAUGCUUCUUAAUUCCAUCUCUUGGUAAAAAAAGUAGAACUUAAUCAGAAAAAGAGUCAGUCUUUCUCCUCAGUCUCCUCUGUGGAAAGGAAUAGCAAACAACAUGUGUGCAAAAUGCUUUAUAGAUGACAUUCUUGGAUCAGGGUCCAGGCUGCCUACAACCAUGAAUUAGGAACAAAAGAUGGCUCUACAGGACUUCACAGAUGGAAUGUUUCUCAAGGCCACGUGGUUUUGAAUGGAUAAAUGAGACAAUUGGCAUAGCACAGUGUCUUCCGUAUGGUAGACAGCCAGGGAACCCUUAGUGAUUGGUUAUGCAAAUGUGGUUUUUUAAAGUCUUGGCUAAUAUUUUCCUUUUGAAUGCACUAGAGUAUUUGCUAAGGAUACCAGGUUUAAGUGUUGGAUUGUCACUUGAAACAUUGAGAAAUAAAGCACAGCUGACUCUAAGCACUAUGUGGAAUCUUGGUCCACAUAUUGGACCAGGGUAUGUCAUCUGAGGCUAGUAGAAGGAUGUUGGGAUAUUCAUAAACACCUAUAGAAUCCAUGUUCUUUCUAAAGAUAGUUGUUGACAGACAUCACUAUUGUUUGUCAGCCUCUCCUUGUGUCUCCCCUCUCCCAAAUCAGGUGCUUUUGAAAUACACAAGAUAUGAGAUAACAUUUUCUUUUGUCUGUUAAGCCCAUCUGCUUUUUGAUAUAGAUCUCUACUGAACAGUAUUAAGCAGCUUUUU